AUGGCCUCUACAGAACCACUUCCCUCUGCUCUUCCGGAUCCAACCAUCCAUAUAACAACCCACAACUCCUCUGGUAAAGCUACAAUCCACUCUUCAUCUCAGAACCAAUGGGAUUGGUUCCCCGAGAGGGCCGUUGGAUUCAACGUGGUGUACACCACUUCAUCAUUCCCGGUCUCGCUGAACGACGAUGCCGAUAUUAAAGACCACACGGCGACCAUGUCCAGUCGUCAGCUCGGGCUCGUCAAGAAAGGCGGGACAGUCUGUCGUAUUGUUGAUUUUGGUCCGGGAGGCAGUCCUCUAAUGCAUCGCACACAAAGCCUAGACUAUGGAGUUGUUUUGGAAGGCACCAUCGAGAUGGAAUUGGACGAUGGCAGCGUGACUCUCUUGAAGCGUGGAGACGUUGCAGUGCAGCGGGGUACAAAUCACGCGUGGAGGAACCCCAGCAAGACAGACUGGACGAGAAUGCUGUUUGUCUUGCAGGACUGUCAGCCAGUGCUUGUGGGCGGAGAAAGACUUCACGAGGAACUUGGAGAAGGAGGCAAAGACAUCCCAAGAAGCGGCAAUGAUGAUUGA